AUGGAACUGUUUGACGCGUUAAUUCAAGAUACUGUACAUUUACCGGAGUCACAAGAGCAUGUUCAUAACCUUCAAAAGUUGUUCAUGUGUAUUUGUCGUCAUCAUAAAAAGCAUAAGCGACAAUUGGAAAAAGACCAACCGAGCUCUUCAAAUGGAAUGAUGGGAAACAACUUACGAUUUGUUAGAGACAGAAUUAGAAAGCAUGCACGACUGAAUCGCAAGUUAAUCCUCAUUUAUAACAAGUACAGGCAUCGUGAUUUGCACAUAACUCUUCGGAGUCUUUCGCAAACUUUGAACAUUUUUUCAAAUUCAACCGCCUACACCAACAUCAAAUAUCUUGUUGAAAGUCAAGGAAAUGGCCAUAAUACCGAGAGUUCUGCAAACACCCUAACUUGCCAAGUUGAAACUCAAAAUACCUUAUACGAAUCUCACAACGUACAAACCGGACAUGCACAAGUUAAUUGGACACAAGCAUGGUAUUUUGGACCUCCUACAUACACUUUUCAUCAUCAUUGUGGCGCAAUGUUAUGGUAUGAGGAACGGAACACCAGAACUCGGACUACAUCGCAACCAAAAUUUUCAUUUUGUUGCAUGGAGGGGCGUGUUCAAGUGCCAUUAUUAAAGGAACCWCCCGAAUACAUGCAAUAUCUCAUGAGUGAUGCUUCUGGGCAAAAAGGAGUUCAGUUUCAAAAAAACAUCCGAACGUAUAAUGCCAUUUUUGCGUUCACGUCAAUGGGUGGUCGUAUUGAUUCAUCUAUUAAUAACUUAAAGGGCCCAUACGUGUUCUGUAUGAGUGGCCAAAAUUAUCACCGCAUUGGAUCUCUGUUGCCAGAGAAUGGGCGAAAACCACAAUUUGCACAACUUUAUAUAUAUGAUACUGACAAUGAGAUUGGUAACAGAAUCAAUACAUUUCAGGACAACAGUCGAGCAUCUAUGUUGGACCAUGAAAUUGUGCACGACUUAUCUCAAAUGUUGGAUUCUCAUAACAUUCUUGUAAAAAGUUUCCGUAUGGUGAGAGAUAGAUUCAAAUCAUCUCCACACUCUUCAUUUCGAUUGUGCCUCAAGGGAAACAGAACAACAGAUGGUCGUCAAUAUAAUAUACCGACUGCUUCAGAARUUGCAGGUUUAAUAGUCGGGGAUUUUACAGAGUCGAAUUGCCAUCGUGAUAUAAUUGUUGAGCAUCAAACUACAGGUCUUCAAAGAAUCACAKAUUUGCAUCCAAGUUUCAUGUCAAUGACAUACCCAUUGAUACACCCAUAUGGUGAAGAUGGUUAUAGAACUGACAUUCCUUUAAGAAACUUGUCAAACAGUGAAUCAAAAAGACAAAAAUUGACGAUGAGACAAUAUUAUUGUUUUCGUCUUCAACAAAGAUUACAUGAAGGAAAAAGUCUUCUUCAAGGAGGUAGAUUGCUUCAACAAUAUAUCGUUGAUUCUUACAUGGCAAUUGAAGAGGAACGUUUGUACAUAAUUGAAUUUCAAAAAAGAGGAUUGCCGCAUGCACAUAUCUUGCUCUUCUUACAUCAGACGAUAAAAAAUCCUUCGGGUGACCAUAUCGACAAUAUAAUAACAGCCGAGAUUCCUGAUCCACAUGUUGAUCUUAAUGGCUACAAUGCAGUCAAGAAAUUUAUGAUGCAUGGGCCAUGUGGAAGUUCAAAUCUUAAAUGUCCAUGCAUGGUACAAGUGGUCCCAUACAACAGAAACUUGUUGGUUAAAUUUGAUGCACAUAUUAAUGUGGAGCUCUGUAAUUUCUCCAGAGCUAUAAAGUAUCUAUUCAAAUAUCUUCAUAAAGGAUCCGAUAGAGCUAUUGCAACAAUUGAAUCCUCGGACAAAGGUGAAGGGAACGAUGAGAUCAAAACUUAUUUGGACUGCAGGUAUAUAUCAGUUGCUGAGGCUUGUUGGAGGAUCUUUCAGUUUGACAUACAUUACAKACACCCAUCAGUUGAAAGAUUGCCAUUUCAUUUGCCUGGCAAUCAUACCGUCGUUUUUUGUGAAAAUAAUCGUGUUGAAAACGUUCUAUCUAUGCCUGGCGUGGAGAAGACAAAGUUUACAGAAUGGUUGGAAGCAAAUAAGAAGUAUGUGCAGGCACGACAAUUAAGUUAUUCAGAUUUUCCCACACAAUGGGUUUGGAAUUCAAACGAAAAAGYUUGGACAAAAAGAAAGAAAGGCAUUGCAAUCGGUAGAAUUUUUUACGCCUCCCCUUCAAGUGGAGAGCGUUUUUACAUGAGGAUGUUGCUUAAUUAUGUCAAAGGAUGUACUUCAUUUGAGAGUAUCCGAACCGUCAACAAUGUCACAUACCCUUCUUUCCAAGAUGCAUGUUAUGAACUUGGUUUAUUGGACGAUGAUAAAGAAUGGAUUGAUUGUUUGACAGAAGCUGCACUUUGGGCAACUAGUAAUGAAUUGCGUCAUCUAUUUGUUACAAUGAUCAUCCAUUGCCAAGUCUCAAAUGUGUCACAUCUUUGGAAGUCUCACUACACUACAUUGUUCGAAGAUAUUCCUUACCUCCAAAGGAAAAAAUUUAGGGCACCGGACAUGUAUUUAAAUGACAAACAAGUGGAAGCAUAUACCUUGGUUGAAAUUGAAACAAUAAUGUUGAAAAUGGGAAGAAGUUUGAAAGAUAUAGUUGGAAUGCCAUUGCCGAAUUUUACAUUGUUGCAAGAAUCAAAAAAUCGGUUGAUUGAUAAAGAACUUGAUUAUGAUCGUCAUCAAUUGAAGAAUCUGCAUGACCAAUCAUUUGACACUCUAAAUUCUUGUCAGAAAAAGGCAUAUGAAGCAAUUGUUCUUUCUGUGCAAUCCCAAAAGGGAGAAUUAUUUUUCGUUCACGGUCAUGGUGGUACCGGGAAAACCUUUCUGUGGAAUACAAUCAUUGCUAAGUUCAGAUCAGAAGAAAAAAUAGUUUUGCCUGUUGCAACUUCGGGGAUUGCAGCUUUAUUAUUGCCUAACGGCAGAACGGCACAUUCUCGCUUUCAUAUCCCGAUCAAUAUCACAGCAGAAUCAACUUGUGAGAUUCGACAUGGUACAAUGUUGGCAGAACUUCUCAUGAGAACCUCUUUGAUCAUUUGGGAUGAAGCACCAAUGGCACAUAAAUUUUGUUUUGAAGCUUUGGACAGAAGUUUGCAAGAUAUAUCUAGAACAAGAUUUCCCAAUAGCAAUGAAAAACCUUUUGGUGGACUUACUGUUGUUUGUGGUGGGGAUUUUCGUCAAAUUUUGCCCGUUGUUCCAAAAGGAACUAAAGGUGAUAUCAUUGAUGCUUCUCUCAAUUCAUCCUACUUAUGGCCAUAUUUCAACGUUCUUAGUCUUAAUCAAAAUAUGAGGCUAUAUACUGGAGAUAUACCAGAAUCUGAAGCUUGUAAAAUAGAUUCUUUUGACAAGUGGUUGUUGUAG